AUGCAGGACAUGCCAACCGGCAGCACUUAUCACCUUCCUCCCCAGGAACAAGAGGAAGACGCUGGCCGCUACCUUCUCCAUGAGCCCCCAGCCCACGGAUACGACCAGGACCGUCUAGGUGCCGCGACGCCUCCUGAUCGACCUGUCUCGGCUUACAGUCUCACCGAGUCGUAUGCGCCCAACGCUGCGCAGAUCCCACAGCAGGGACAAGACUACGCCGACAAUGGCUACGGGCAAUAUGGCAUGGAUCCUAGCGGCUGGAACACUCCUCGUCCCAUGUCUACAGUCGACGAUGACGACGAGGACAGCUGGAUGCAGCGACAACAGCAACCCAACCAGAUGGGUUCGCGCAGUGGUCUGAAGCGUUUCAAUACCAGGAAGAUCAAGCUUGUCCAGGGCUCCGUCCUGAGUAUCGACUACCCCGUUCCAAGUGCUAUCAAGAAUGCGGUGCAACCCCAAUACCGCGACGUCGAGGGUGGCAACGAGGAAUUCUUGAAGAUGCGCUACACAGCCGCUACGUGUGACCCGAACGACUUCACCCUCAAGAACGGUUACGAUUUGCGCCCUCGCAUGUACAACCGACACACCGAGCUGCUCAUCGCCAUCACCUACUAUAACGAGGACAAGGUACUGCUGGCCAGAACCCUGCACGGUGUGAUGCAGAAUAUCCGCGACAUUGUGAACCUUAAGAAGUCGACCUUCUGGAACAAGGGUGGCCCUGCCUGGCAGAAGAUUGUUGUGUGCCUUGUCUUUGAUGGUAUCGACAAGGCCGACAAGAACGCCUUGGACGUUCUGGCCACUGUUGGUAUCUACCAAGAUGGCGUGAUCAAGAGGAGUGUCGAUGGCAAGGAUACUGCCGCCCACAUCUUCGAGUACACAAGUCAGCUUUCCGUGACGCCCAACCAGCAACUAAUCCGGCCGACGGAUGACGGCCCCAACAACUUGCCCCCCGUCCAGUUCAUCUUCUGCUUGAAGCAGAAGAACACCAAGAAGAUCAACUCUCAUCGCUGGCUUUUCAACGCGUUUGGCCGUAUCUUGAACCCUGAAGUCUGCCUGCUGUUAGAUGCCGGUACCAAGCCCAGCCCUCGCUCCUUGCUCGCGUUAUGGGAGGGCUUCUACAACGACAAGGAUCUUGGUGGUGCUUGCGGUGAAAUCCAUGCUAUGCUUGGUAAAUCAGGGAAAAAGCUGCUCAACCCUCUGGUAGCCAUCCAGAACUUCGAGUACAAGAUCUCCAAUAUUCUCGACAAGCCACUGGAAAGUUCUUUCGGUUACGUCUCUGUGUUGCCUGGUGCUUUCUCAGCAUAUCGCUUCCGCGCUAUUAUGGGACGCCCCCUCGAGCAAUACUUCCACGGUGAUCACACCUUGUCUAAGGUACUCGGUAAGAAGGGUAUCGACGGUAUGAACAUCUUCAAGAAGAAUAUGUUCUUGGCGGAAGAUCGAAUCUUAUGUUUCGAGCUUGUCGCUAAAGCUGGCCAGAAGUGGCACCUAAGCUACAUCAAGGCCGCAAAAGGUGAAACGGAUGUGCCUGAGGGUGCUGCCGAGUUCAUCAGUCAGCGUCGUCGUUGGCUGAACGGUUCGUUUGCCGCUACUCUGUACUCGCUGAUGCACUUUGGACGCAUGUACAAGAGUGGCCACAACCUGGUUCGCAUGUUCUUCCUCCACAUUCAGCUGGUCUACAGCUUUCUCAACACGCUCUUCGCCUGGUUCUCGCUUGCGUCUUACUAUCUGACCACCACUGUCAUCAUGGACCUGGUCGGCAACCCAACGAUCCCCUCAUCCAACAGCAGCGAAAACCACGGUUGGCCGUUUGGUGAUACCGUCACGCCCUAUUUCAACGCCUUCCUCAAGUACCUGUACCUGGCCUUCGUCAUCCUGCAAUUCAUCCUCGCCUUGGGUAACCGCCCCAAGGGUUCGCGCUUCACGUACAUUGGCUCCUUCAUGGUCUUCGGAAUCGUCCAGCUCUACGUCAUCAUCCUUUCCUUCUACCUGGUCGUCAACGCUUUCGUUAAGAAGCCCAUUGGUGAACAGAUCUCAUUGGACUCUGGCGAGGACUUUGUGCGCAGUUUUUUCUCGGGGUCAGGCGCUGCCGGUGUUAUCAUCAUUGCGCUGAUCACAAUCUACGGCCUCAACUUCAUCGCCUCAUUCAUGUACCUCGACCCUUGGCACAUGUUCCACUCGUUCCCCCAGUACCUAGUCCUCAUGUCGACGUACAUCAACAUUCUCAUGAUUUACGCCUUCAACAACUGGCACGAUGUGUCCUGGGGUACGAAGGGCUCUGACAAGGCCGAGGCCUUGCCUGCCGCUACCGUGACCAAGGGGGAGAAGGACGAGAAGGUGGUGGAGGAAAUCGAGAAGGAGCAAGAGGACAUUGACAGUCAGUUCGAGCAAACCGUCAGACGUGCCCUGGCUCCCUUCAAGGAGUUCGAGGAAGUCGAGAAGGCCGACGUUGAGGACUCCUACAAGUCCUUCCGAACAGGUCUGGUCGUCACCUGGCUGUUCUCCAACAUUCUGCUUGCGAUUGUCAUCACCAGCGACAACUUUGACUCGAUGGGCAUCGGAGAGAGCACCUCGGACCGCACCGCCGCCUACUUCAGAUUCCUGUUGUACUCGACUGCCGUGCUGUCACUCAUCCGUUUCAUCGGUUUCCUUUGGUUCUUGGGUAAGACUGGUCUCAUGUGCUGCUUCGCACGCAGCGACGCCGCCCUACGAAGACUGAGCCGCCCCGCGUGGCACCCCGCCAUCACAAUGUUGAAGAUCUGGUCAAUGAAAAAGGAGCAGAAGGAUGCCGAAAACGCCGAAGGUCAUGCCAGUGGGGGCAAGAAGAAGAAGAUCACAGCCGCCCAACUGCGCGUGCAAAAAGAUCUCUCGGAGCUGUCUCUCGGCGAUACCAUGAAGACCGACUUUCCCGACCCCGACGAUAUACUGAACUUUGUCCUCACGAUCGAGCCGGACGAGGGAAUGUACAAAGGCGGGCGGUUCACGUUCGACUUCAACAUCAACCAGAACUUUCCCCACGACCCGCCCAAGGUGCGGUGCCGCGAGAAGAUCUACCACCCCAACAUCGACCUGGAGGGCAAGGUGUGUCUGAACAUUCUGCGGGAAGAUUGGAAGCCCGUUCUGAACCUGAACGCGGUCAUUGUGGGCAUGCAGUUCCUAUUCCUCGAACCGAAUGCUUCCGACCCGCUGAACAAGGAAGCAGCGGAGGACUUGAGAAAUAACAGGGACGGGUUCCGACGUAACGUGAGGAGUGCCAUGGCCGGUAGCUCCGUCAAGGGUAUCGCAUACGAUCGUGUCUUGUCCUGA